AUGCAUGUUUCUGAUCCAGGCCAACCUCACAACCUCUCCGUGGAGCCGGUUAUAAGAUUAAGCAUGACUGCUUUUCGUGCGGGGAAAACAGUGUUGUCGACGAAAACCGCUUUAUCAGAUAGAAAACAGUGGGAGAUGAGGAACUGGUGGUACGACUCUUACGUGGAGCAGAUGGAGGCUAUUGAUUCCAUUACUACUGCACCAAAUGCGAUCUCGAGUUCCACAGUGAAUGUUACAGUUUCCAAGCUCCAGAAAUCUUUGGAGACUCAGAAAAGCAAUGCGAUGCGUGUAUCCGUCCUGUCGGUUCUCAUGAUCAUUUCUACAGCUGUCUCGAAUGUGAGUUCUUACUCCACGAGGUCAUGUGCUAAUCUUCCGCGGAAACUUGAUCAUGCGUUGCAUAAGCACCCUCUUUUCCUAGACCCGGGUCUACGUGAACUAGAUAUUAACUGCAUUUUAGUUCCCGAGUGGUUCACCCAUAAAAGUCAUCAACAACAUCUCUUAUUCAUCUCCACAUCUUACAACGCUGCCGAUGAAAUUCUCUGCCAAGGUUGCAAGGGGAGUAUUCGCGGGGAUCAUCUACAUUGUACUCUAUGCGAAUUCGCUAUAUGCUACAAAUGUGCCACAAUUCCAGAUGAGAUAUACUACAAAUAUGAUGAGCAUCCUCUCUCCCUUUGUUAUGGGAAAGUGGUGUGGAUGAGGAUGAGGUGUGGUGGUGCGAAGUUUGUGAGAAAAGAUUAG